GAACGGUCACUCAAUCGUUAAUACGCUUUGGCAGCGCGCAAAUCGAAGAACAAACGAACGGCAUAUUUUUUUAACACUCUGUCCCCGUGUGUGUGUGAGUGCGUCCGAGUGUUUGUUUUUGUGUGUGUGUGUAUUGGCAAAGGAAAUUAGCACAACAAAAGCGAAAAGGAAAAGGAAACGAACACGCACGCAUCUCGUCACGCGGAUAAAAACACUUCGAUCCGAUCAGAAAUCAUAAAUCAGAAAUCGUCUGUAAUAUAAUCGCAAUUCGCAAUGUCGUCCGAAGUGGAAUCGCAGCAAAGUCAGGAGACAAAUGGAACCAGUAAAUUCGAUGUGCCCGAGAUAGAACUGAUCAUAAAGGCCUCUACCAUCGAUGGCCGGCGAAAGGGCGCCUGUUUGUUCUGCCAGGAGUACUUCAUGGACCUGUACCUGCUGGCCGAGCUGAAGACGAUCAGUCUGAAGGUGACGACGGUCGAUAUGCAGAAGCCGCCGCCCGACUUUCGCACCAACUUCGAGGCCACACACCCGCCAAUCCUCAUCGACAACGGACUGGCCAUUCUCGAGAACGAGAAGAUCGAGCGGCACAUCAUGAAGAACAUCCCCGGUGGCUACAAUCUCUUCGUGCAGGACAAGGAUGUGGCCACGCUGAUCGAGAACCUGUACGUCAAGUUGAAGCUGAUGCUGGUGAAGAAGGACGAGGCGAAGAACAAUGCCCUGCUCUCGCAUCUGCGCAAGAUCAACGAUCAUCUGGCCCCGCGCAACACGCGUUUCCUCACCGGCGACACCAUGUGCUGCUUCGACUGCGAGCUGAUGCCACGCCUCCAGCACAUCCGUGUGGCGGGCAAGUACUUUGUGGACUUUGAGAUCCCGACGCACUUGACGGCGCUGUGGCGUUACAUGUAUCACAUGUACCAGCUCGACGCCUUCACACAAUCGUGCCCGGCCGACCAGGAUAUCAUUAAUCACUACAAGCUGCAACAGAGUCUCAAAAUGAAGAAGCACGAGGAGCUGGAGAUGCCCACGUUUACCACAUCCAUUCCAAUUGAUAUUUCGGAGUAGGUUUCCUAAGGAGCAGAGCCAUGCAGCCACACAUCAACUUAUAGCAUACAGCAACCACAAUAUUUUGGACAACUUUACAACAACAACAACAACAACAACAGCAGCAGCAACUCUGAGGACUAUACAUAGAUGUAUACUUAACGGAUAAAACUAACCAAGCAUAUAUUAUAAUAUAUAUAUAUAUAUAUUAUAUAUACCUACUAUAUAUAACGAGUACAUAACAAGCAUAACAAGUGUUUUUUAAGCAGCCGCGUUGCCUUUCUUCAGCUAUGCUUAAUUUAAACCUAAACCUAUGCCUAUUUAAGCACCAGCCACAACCAAUCGAGCAGGCUUUGACUUCUGACUUACUUUGCCCGCCCGUAUGUAUUUUUGUUUAACUAAUAAUGAUCCAUUUGUAUUUGAGAUACAGAUGUCCAGAUGUCAAUUAAAACUUAUCGAUUGCCUGAACAGCCGCUUCUCGGUCUCGGACACAUUUUUUUCUUACUUUAUAUUUUGUAUUCUGCAAGGAGCUUUUCUUUUUUUUUUUUUGUAUUUAAAGACAAAUCUGUAUUUUUUUUUUUUGCAAAAUUUUGAUUUUUAAUUUUUAUUUGCUCCCUGGCGCAAGUUGCCAUUUUGUUCGCUUUUAAUUUUUAUUUAAAUAUUUUUAUCAUAAAAAGAAAAAAAAAAAAAAAAAAAAUAGAAGAGGAAAUGAAGAGUAUUUUUUGUAUUUAAGUGAAAAAUUACAAAUAAAAACACAAAAAGACAA